CACAAGCUGUUCCAUUAAUAUUAGCUGGACGUGAUGUAAUUGGAAUUGGUAAAACUGGUAGCGGUAAAACUGCCGCUUUCUUAUGGCCACUUAUUAUUCAUAUUAUGGAUCAACCGGAAUUAAAACUGGGUGAUGGUCCUAUCGGUGUGAUAUGUGCACCGACAAGAGAAUUAGCAUUACAAAUCUAUAGUGAAGCUAAAAAGUUAGCCAAAGUAUACAAUUUAACCGUUGUCUGUGCCUAUGGUGGUGGAAGUUUGUGGGAACAACAAAAAGCUUGUGAAGCUGGAUGUGAAAUUCUAGUUUGCACACCGGGUAGAUUAAUUGAUAUUGUGAAAAAGAAAUCAACUAAUUUACGUCGAGUUACAUAUCUUGUAUUUGAUGAAGCUGAUAAAAUGUUCAAUUUAGGGUUUGAACCUCAGGUUCGUUCAAUUGCCAAUCAUGUAAGACCUGAUCGACAAACUCUUCUCUUCAGUGCCACAUUUAAACGUCGACUUGAACGAUUGGCCAGAGAUAUUCUACUUGAUCCUGUUCGUAUUAUACAAGGUGAAUUAGGCGAGGCUAAUGAAGACAUAACUCAACAUGUUGAGAUUUUCGAUAAAAUCGAACAGAAAUGGGAUUGGUUAACACGCAAUUUAGUCAGAUUAACCACUGAGGGAAGUGUACUUAUUUUUGUGACACGUAAAGUUCACAGUGAAGAGGUUGCACAAAAGUUGAAGUCACGUGACUUAAAGGUUCUUCUCAUCCAUGGAGAUAUGCAUCAAUCCGACCGUAAUACUGUGAUACAAGCAUUCAAACGGCAAGAAGCUCCUAUCUUAGUGGCUACCGAUGUUGCAUCACGUGGUUUGGAUAUACCUAGUAUACAUAAUGUAAUCAAUUAUGAAGUUGCACGAGAUAUUGACACACAUACUCAUCGAAUUGGUAGAACUGGUCGUGCAGGGGCAAAAGGAACAGCUUAUACAUUAUUUGUUGCUGGAAAAGAUCCAGUUGAUUUUGCAGCGUGUUUAGUUCAGCAUUUGGAAUCCGGUUCACAAACAGUUCCACAAAGACUUCUUGACAUCGCUCUAAAGUGUACUUGGUUCGCAAAUAAUCGAUCUUCGCUUAACAGUGGAAACAACGGUUGUAUUAGACCAAGUGGUGGAUUUGAACCUCGACAACCUCGUGCCAGACCAGGAUUAGGUUUAUCAUCCGAUAGCAGUGAAUCAAAUUAUUAUCCACGUAGUGGUCCGGCAGCUGCAGCAGCGGCAGGUGAAGGAGCUGAAUUAAUUCGUCCAGGUGGUUUACAAGCAGAUCGAUUUUCUGCCAUGAAAGCAGCGUUUUCAGCUCAAUAUAAUCGAAGAUUUGUAUCGGCUGGUGUUGAAGCUAGUAGAUAUACACAUCCAGAAAUGUUGAAAUCAUCAAAUACAACUGAUAGACCUCAACUUGCAGACAGUUUUAUUGUUCAAAGUAGUAACUCAGAAGAAUCCCAAUGUCCGCAACAACUUCGAUCAUCUCUAGUUACACCACAAAAUGUACAAACGGAUCCUAAGCAAAAACGUUCGAGAUGGGAUUAAAUGAUAUUUGUGUAAAGACGUUUUCCAAUUCUAAACGCAUUUUUUUCAUUGUUACUUCACAGCUUGUAACUUUCAUACAUACGUAUAUGUACACACACAACGCAAUAAAAGUUUUAAUCAUUUGA